AUGCCGACGAGAAGUAGUAAUCAUGAACAUGAGCAGCUGGUUAGUCUUCUAAAUCAAUUAAUGGAUGAACGGGAUCUAUUAGCCCGAGAGAAUGAGUACUUAAAAGCAAAAUUAAACGAAUCGAUUCUAGUGGAAACACUCAAUGAAAUGAAGAAAGAACGUGAUCUUCUAUUAAAGUUAUUAACAAAUCUAACAAACAAGUAUCAACAUGAAAAAGACAUCCACUCAACGAUGUCACGUCAAAGUCAUCCGACAGCGGUUAAUUACGGUCAUGUUCAUCGAUUAAAAGCUAAUCUUGAACAACAGCAAACAAAACCAAUUCAUUAUGUUGAAAAACGCAAAGAUUCGUUUGAUCGUUUAUCAUCAACAUCAUCAUCAAGCAACACUCAAUUAAGACCUCCUCAACCUGCGAAACGAAUCUUCGUACUCAAAACUCCCCAAACAUUAUUUCGUAAACCUGAUAUUCAAUUGAAACACAGUCUUAACUCUGCAUUUCAACACUAUCGUUCACAAUCCUUACAAAAUCUUGCAUAA